ACGAUACUCAGCGCGCAUUCAGUUCGCGGGGAGCGCUCGUGCAGUGCGCGUUGUUGUCCCGUGUUCCUCUAGAUGGUUGAUCACGUGGGAAACAUUGCGCCGACUUUUCGCGAUUCCGUGGCGAAGAAGGGCCGAGGGAAAGGGAAUAAAUGUGUGCGAGUCCGUAAUGGACAACCCUAGCGGCGGAAGAGAUAGUCGGUACGCAAGUCUUGGGUACAGCAUGGGGAUGAUAGGCAGCGACGCUGGCUCGGAAAUGUACGGCCGACCGUCCACCUCCCAGCUUACAACUUCUCAAAUAAGCCGCGGUGGCGCCACCAUGAUGGCCGCGGCGGCUGCUGCAGGCGGACCGAACGCCGGCGUGGGACCUGUACAGAGAGGUAUCAAGAGGACCACGGCGGACGUCUGUUACGAUGACAGCAAUGCAAGGCAGGCACUUUCGCAACAGCAAGGCAUGUCGAUGUCCGGAGACUGUGUACCCGACAAUUUGGAGGAGUCGUUCACCAGUUUGGGCCAGCCGAAAAAGUCACCACCGUCGAAUGGCAAGAAGACCAAGGGACGGGUCAAGAUUAAAAUGGAGUAUAUCGACAAUAAACUGCGGAGGUAUACCACCUUCUCCAAAAGGAAAACCGGAAUCAUGAAGAAGGCGUACGAGCUGUCCACGCUGACAGGUACGCAGGUGAUGCUGCUGGUGGCCAGCGAGACUGGCCACGUGUACACGUUCGCCACCCGGAAGCUGCAGCCGAUGAUAACGAGCGAGGCCGGCAAGGCUUUGAUCCAGACCUGCCUGAACAGCCCGGACCCGCCGACCUCCGGCUCGUCCGGGGAUCAGAGGAUGUCCGCGACCGGGUUCGAGGAGACCGAACUGACCUACAACAUAGCCGACGACGAGCAGAAAGAAGACGGUACUUCACCUAGGUCGGACGUCUGCGCUAAUGAAAGCGACGGAGACACGAGCGAUGGCGAUUCUCCGGUUUCUAAAGAUCUCCCAAAAAAUCAUUCGGGUAUAAUGUAUCAUCAGAUGCCACAAACAGUCAUUUAUUCGCCGAGCCCAGGAGUUCUGCUUGGUAUCGGUCAGAACGGUCAACCUGUGCAGAUCUCUCAGGAAGGAGGCACAGUGGCUCCGGUGAACUCGACGCAGAACAAUCAGCCGUUCAUCACGAUCCCCUUGAACGUAGCGAUGAGCGCCGCGGGUCUGUCGAUGCCGGUCACCUCCAGGAUGAAUCUGUCGCCGUCGCCGCGAUCGCCGACGACGACGACAACGGCGACGACGUCGGCCUGCGACCUGCCAUCGGACCUGAGCAAAGACCGUGAGUGACACCGUGCCCGGAUCGUCGUACUCGGCUGAGAAACCUCGGCGGGCCUGACGCUCGCCGAUAUGCGAUGACUUAUUUAAAUGGACAAUCAUUUCACGACGGUAAUUCGGCAGCCACGAACGCGUGACCCCACGGAAAAUACCGGAGCGGAACCAUCCUCGCGAUCAUGGACGCCUGUGCUCGUUGCUGGAACCUCGGCGAGACAUCCUCGGAAUCUAACGUUCAAUUUCCUGCGACGGUCUUCGUUAAAUGACAGUCAGGGAUCGAGACGAGCAUCGGGUAUGACGGGCGCGACGACAAGCUAGCCUUCCGAUGGCAAGAUCAGUUGUAAUCGUCCGUAGUCUCUUCUUCUUUCAGCUCGAAGCUUAAAGGAGCAGAGCUCGAGAUCGUUCUCAUGUUGUUUCGUUUCGGACACAAGGUAUUAUCGAUACCUCGGAAUUAUUUCGUGAUAUAGUAAUGUCUCUCUAAUUGACGCUCAAAUUGUCCACAAAAAUGGACAAUUUGCGAAGAGGAGAUACGAUUAUUCGAGCCUUGCG